AUGUAUCACAAUGUACUUUAUAGUAUACUUAUAACGUAUUUAAUCUAUAAUGUUGAUCUAGCAGCACUGGAUACAUGCCAAUAUUCAACAGCAACAUUUGGUGCACUGCUGGACUCUAUCCAAAAAGCAGUUGAUCAACUGUCGCUGGGUAAUUUCUCGAAUUUGCAUCAAUGGGUCAGUUCGCUGGAUGCAAAAAUUGCGGAAAAACUGGCUGCUCGUGUGGAGGAAGCAAUUCGCCUGUGGACUGCUGUACUUGCACGUGAUGAGGUUGAUGAUGAGAUCGAGGACAAAUCGCUGUUGCCGGUGCUGCAACCAGUUGUGUUGGAGAUGCGCGUUACCUCACAAGUGAUGUAUGUUAGCCCAAGCAUCGAACAAGCUCGUGCCCACCUACUCGAUCAGCUGUUCGCUUGGCAAUCAGUAAUCACAAAUCAACCACGUAUUUCCAGCACACGUUUUCAGGUUAUUAACAAUUUUUUGCCCAAUUUUUUAGAAAUUUUUUGA